AUGGAGAGACAAGUUGUUAAUUAUGGUGGUUUUGAGUACUGUUUGGUUUUCUGGCUAUUGGGGCUGCUGCUUCUGCUGUUGAUGGAGAUUUCAUCUGCUGCUCUUUCUCCUUCUGGCGUAAACUAUGAAGUUCAAGCUCUGAUGGCCAUAAAGUAUGAGUUGACGGAUCCUCACAAUGUUCUGGAAAGUUGGGAUACGAAUUCUGUUGAUCCAUGUAGCUGGAGGAUGAUUAUGUGUUCCCUUGAUGGUUCUGUUUCUACAUUGGGAUUGCCUAGUCAGAACUUGUCUGGUACACUAUCUCCUGGGAUUGGAAACCUUACUAAUUUACAAUCUGUGUUGCUUCAGAAUAAUGCCAUUUCUGGCAGGAUUCCUGCUGCAAUAGGAAACUUGGAAAAGCUUCAGACACUUGAUCUUUCCAAUAAUACCUUCAGUGGUGAGAUACCCAGUUCUUUGGGAGGCCUCAAGAACCUGAAUUAUUUGAGGUUAAACAAUAACAGUCUUACAGGAUCCUGCCCUCAAUCUCUUAGCAACAUUGAAGGUCUAACCCUUGUGGACCUCUCCUACAACAAUCUGAGUGGUUCCUUGCCUAGAAUAUCAGCAAGAACAUUAAAGAUUGUGGGUAACCCUUUAAUUUGUGGUUCAAAAGCAAACAACUGUUCUUCUGUUUUACCAGAGCCACUUUCCUUCCCUCCAGAUGCACUAAGAGGCCAAUUAGACGCUGGUAAAAAGAGCCAUCAUGUGGUACUUGCUUUUGGUGCAAGUUUUGGUGCUGCUUUUGUCAUUGUGAUUAUAGUUGGGUUUCUUGUUUGGUGGCGAUAUAGACACAACCAACAGAUAUUCUUUGAUGUUAAUGAACAUUAUGAUCCAGAGGUGCGUCUUGGUCAUUUAAAAAGGUUUUCAUUCAAAGAGCUUCGAGCUGCAACAGACCAUUUCAACUCAAAGAACAUUCUAGGAAGAGGUGGCUUUGGAAUAGUUUACAAGGCCUGCUUGAAUGAUGGGUCUGUUGUGGCUGUUAAGAGGUUAAAGGACUAUAAUGCAGACGGUGGUGAGAUCCAAUUUCAAACAGAAGUUGAGACGAUAAGUUUGGCUGUCCACCGAAAUCUUCUCCGGCUUUGGGGCUUUUGCAGUACUCAGCAUGAAAGGCUCCUCGUUUAUCCAUAUAUGCCUAAUGGAAGUGUAGCCUCUAGAUUAAAAGAUCAUAUUCAUGGCCGGCCGGCAUUAGAUUGGACUAGGCGGAAGAGAAUAGCUUUAGGUACAGCAAGAGGGUUGGUUUACUUGCAUGAACAAUGCGACCCUAAAAUUAUUCACCGUGAUGUGAAAGCAGCUAACAUAUUGCUUGAUGAAGACUUUGAAGCUGUUGUUGGUGAUUUUGGUUUAGCUAAGCUUCUGGAUCAUAGAGACUCCCAUGUGACCACUGCUGUGCGUGGCACUGUUGGUCACAUUGCUCCAGAAUACCUAUCUACUGGCCAAUCAUCCGAAAAGACUGAUGUGUUUGGGUUUGGAAUCUUGUUGCUUGAACUGAUCACAGGUCACAAGGCUCUAGAUUUUGGGCGAGCAGCGAACCAGAAAGGUGUAAUGCUUGAUUGGGUUAAAAAGCUCCACCAGGAUGGAAGAUUAAGUCAAAUGGUAGACAAAGAUCUAAAGGGAAACUUUGAUCUGAUUGAGUUAGAAGAAAUGGUUCAGGUUGCACUCUUGUGCACACAAUUCAAUCCUUCAUACCGCCCCAAGAUGUCAGAAGUAUUAAAGAUGUUGGAAGGGGAUGGCUUAGCUGAGAGAUGGGAGGCUUCACAGAGGAUUGAAACACCAAGGUUUCGGUCUUGUGAGCCUCAAAGAUAUUCAGAUUUAAUAGAGGAAUCUUCACUCAUAGUUGAAGCUAUGGAACUUUCUGGCCCUAGGUGA